CGCCAGAGAGCAGCCAGGGCAAAAAGAAGAAAAGGAAACGGUCCAGGGAUGGAGCUGAGGUGCCACAGAGCCAGGAACCAAACACAGAAGAGGAGGAGGUGUUGGAAGAAGAAAAGGUUGUGAAGAAGAAGAAAAAGAAGCAGGGGCCAAGCAGAGAAGAGGAGGUGACAGGAGAGGAGGAGGUCAUGAGGAAGAAGAAGAAGAAGGUGAUCACGGAGCCAUGUGGAGAAGAGGUAUCAGGAGAGGAGGGGAAGGUCAUGAAGAGGAGGAAGAAGCCAGAGCUAAACACAGAAGAGGAGGUGGUGGAAGAGAAUGGGAAGGCUGCAAAGAGGAAAAAGAAGAAGAAGAAGAAGCAGGAAGAGGAGGGCAAAGAAGAGCCAGCUGAAACACAGACAGAUGAGCCAAACUUGGGACACAGCCCUACAAAGAAAAGGAAGAAGAAGAAGCAGGAAGAGGAGGACGAAGAAGAGCCAGCUGAAACAGAUGUACCUCUACAAGAGACAGAUGAGCCAAACUUGGGACACAGCCCUACAAAGAAAAGGAAGAAGAAGAAGAGGAAGAGGGAACCAGAGUGAGCAAGUGACAUGGCUGCCAUGCAGUCCCACCUGGCUGUAAGGGUCCUGAUCCUGGUGCUGGUGGGUGCCAUGGGCUGCUCUGAGCUCGUUCCAGAUGGAGCCCAGCACUGUGACCCAGCUGCCUGGGGAUGCUGAGCUAGGACAAGUUGGUCUGGAGCUGGAUCAAGCUUUACUUCACCACCUGAACCUUCAGGAGUGACCCUGGUUCCCUCCAGGCCCUGAGGAAGGGACCCAUUUGUCAUGGGCCUGUCACAGAAGGACACAAGGACACGCCUUGCAGAGUACUAAAGUAUUUUUUUAAGGGCAUGAAUAAAUCUUUAUUGUGAUCAGCUUA